AUUUUUUCGUUUUUCUGUUUUUCUCUAAUGGGCAAAGACUACUCAUAUACUAAUUUGUGAGCCAGGAAAUGUCUCCGACCGCUGAACUGCGGUGGCUCUGCCGCCUGGUCGACGAGUCUCUCCGCCCCUCCACGAAACCACAAGCGUGCGUCUCGAUUACCAGAGAGAAGGAGAACGAAAUUCUGAUAGCUUCUUCUGAGGUCGUGAAUAAAAUUCAGCUGCGGGUUCGUGAAUUUGAUUCUGUUCCAAACAAAGAUGAAUCAUGCAGUUCAGAGAAACACUGUUCUGUUCAUCAAUGUCUUCCUAAAAUCAUAACCGAAAUGGUGAUUUUGCUGUCUGUUAAGAGUGAAUUUGUUCAACAUGUUACUGUCAAAGCUCUUGUUUUAACUUCACAGUUUGUUUUCACCACGGGGAACAAUUGGAAUGAGUUCAUAAAUUUUUUGUGUUGUUCCUGGGAAAUGGUAUUGGCUAGAAUACUAUCGUCUUCAGCGGAAAGUAGUGACUUUGAUUUUCUGAUGCAAUGUGGGUUGACGAAUUGUGAUUGGUCUACUGUGACUGGCAUCACUCAAGCGAUGCGUGUUAUAUGUAAGCAUUUGAAGGAGGACUAUGAUGAUGAGGUUGUCAAAGUGUUCUAUGACUCUGUCGAUUCUUGUCUUUUGAAAAUGCCUUGGGAUUUGUUGGAUGAGUAUUGGAGUUGUGACAUUGGUAGCAUGGAGAGAAGCUCUUCAAUGAAUCAACUGAACCUUAAGGAUGUCAGUGGUAUGGAGCCUAGAAUCAAGUUUCUUGGGACUUUGCUUCAGUUACUGUGUUCUUUGGUUGACCGGGAUGAUUUUGUGGAAACUGGUUGUGAUUCUGCUGACGAACAUCCGCUUUUUAUCACAAUAAUGAAUCUUAUACCGAGACUUGUAAAGUGGAGUCUCAGCAAGCAAGAAGAUGGAGCUGAGACAUGCAUCAUUCAUUACUUGAAACACAAGUCACUGAUUCUGAUGAUCAGGCUUGGCUCAAUCUCCUGUGUAAACUGUUUGGUCCAUCUUUCCUGGUUUGAACUUCUUCAUAACUACUUUCAAGAGCUUCUGGGAGAACCCUUAACUCAAUAUCAGUCUGAUCAAGGUGAUGUUCUGGAGGGCUCUCCAUUUUUAUUGAGUUUGUCGAAUGGACAGGCGUGUGGAAUGCAUUUCAGCCACCUACAAAGACAAGCUAUUUUCCUCUUACUGGCUUGUUCUUUCAGUUUGAUCAGUCAAAGAGGCUUAAAUGCAGACAACUGUAAUCGUUCAACUAUGUGCUCACGUUUUACCACAAGCCCAGAUUCAGAGCUUGAUGAUUUCUGCCGAAAAAAGGGAUUGCUGGAGCUUUACAAGUGGAUUCAAGGACAUCUUCCAACUGAGAUCUCUAUCCAGCAUGGAAAGUACAUGGAGAUAUGUAUGAACUUCAUGUCAUCUUUUCUCCAGCUAUUCCUUCGUGAGGAUGAUCUGUUGUUUGAAGUGCUUUUGGAACUGAUUAGCAUAUCAUCUUGUCUCCAGCAAGAGACUGAAAGAAAGGAUGCUGCACAUCUGGAUGUAAAGAAAGAUUUUUCUUUUGAUCUGUCAGACAUUUUUAAUCCUGUGCGCCUUUUCCACCUGUUUCUUUCAGAGAUACAUUACGAUCACCAAGUGCUUCUUGACUACCUCAUUUCAAAAGAUAUUGGAAUAUGCUGUGCUAAGUAUCUUCUAAGAUGCAUGAAUUUGAUAUGCAACUCAUGGAAGUUAUUCGUGGAAUUUCCAUUCUCUGAAGAAUUUUUAUACCAAUCAUCUUGCAAGAGAAGAAAAGUUCCAGGGGAUGGUCAGCAGUUUCUGGCAGAUGGAAUGCCUUCUUCAGUUGACAAAAAUGAAAGUAUCAUAUUGCAUAUGAAGAAUUCUACAGAAGAAGGUGAAUAUGGCUUCAAGCACUAUGAUAUCAAACCAUUCAACAAAGCUUCAGAGUGCUUACUAUCUUUGAACAAUUCUAUUGUAAAUCUUCACCAAAAGAACUUGUUUCCUUAUAAUCCGGAAGCACUUUUGAAACGUCUAAGAAGAUUUCAAGAGUUCUGCUGUCAGGAAAAGGGAUUCCAUGGGCAGAAAACCGAGUAACUAUCUAAAAUGCAUGAACGUUGUGGAAGCUCUGCUAUUUAGCGUUUACUGAUGGUUAUUGAACUGCAGAUUUGGGUGGUGGUGGCAUAGAUGGACAGAAAGGAGAGAAAUUUUAUGCUGGCUCAGAGCGGUGUGGCCUUGCGGGUAUAAGAUGGCUACUUCAAUGUUAUUGGGGGGCCUUGGUGCCACAGCUCAAGAAAUAGCUGCUACUGGGUUCUAACUUGUCAUGUUGUUCAUCCCAAUCUUUCGUAUUCUAUGAUUUGUGGUUCCAUACUUGUAUGCUAUCUCGGUGGAGAAUCUGAUGAAUGGCGUGGAUAAAGUAUGCAGAUGAUCUAGAGUUGCUGUGUAUUUCACAGCUUUCAUGCUUGGUUUCUACCACUUUUAUCUUCAACUUGUAAAGGGUGUCUUUCUUGUGGAUGAUUUUAUCUUUGUGGGUGGAGUUUGCAUUCUUGUUCCUCCAAAUAAGUAGGUCGUGCGGUACAAGACCACAUGUGAAAGGUACCAAUCUCCUUCAAGUUGUCGUCUUAAUAACAAUAAGACCCCCACAUCGGAAUUCGAUAAGUUUCAUUUAUUCAUUACAUGAAUUUAAACAAGAAAAACAAGAAUACAACCUGAUAUGCAAAUUCUUACAAUUUUUUUUUCUUUUCAAAAUGCGUCCUGUCUCCAGGUUUAAAAGGAGAGAUUCUUGUAAUUCGAUCACACAAGUCGAAUUCAAACACAACAAUAAAACCAAGCUUCCUUCAUGAAUUUAAUUUGCAUAUUUAGUAGCUAUCUGCAGGAGAGAAUCGCUUAGUUCUUGUGGCUUGCAGAGCAUAGGCAUAUGAUCUGCGCCUUUCAUCUCUAUCACUUCAUUGAUUCCCGCAUUUUGGAUCAUCCAGAGUUGAAAUUUCAAAGUGAUUGUAAGGUCCUCAGUGCAGAUAAUAAAAACACGUGGAACUAAUCCAUAUCCUUGUUUGAACAUGUUCUUUUGCUGAAUCAUGUCUUCCACAAAGAGUGACCCUGUCCUCAUUAAAGCCUUGGCCAAUUCAUGAUCCUGCAAAAUCCGAUCCUUAUAUUAUUAUUAUUAUUUGGGGACUAAAAAUACUAGGCCUUAUUAUUUCUUGCAGAAAAUGGAGUCCAAACAUGUCAUUUUUCAACCAGCAUUAGUCAGCAUGAGACAAAGGUCUAUGUAAUUAAUGUAGUUACCUCAGCCGGGGAGAGUUGGUAGAGCUUGGUGACUAGGAAUUUAGGACCAAAGACUAUUGAUUUUUUGUUUCCACAUGGCAAGAAUUCAGUGUCCAACCAAUCAGCUGCUGGGAUACUGUUAAACUGUUGAAGUUGAAAAGAAAUAGAGAAGAUAAGUGUAAUUCUCUCACUCAUUUUCCCCAUAGGAUAAAAUGUAAAGAUAUACUCCAAUGUCAUGUUUAUAAAUUUACAAAACUUUUGGUAAUUCA